AUGCUGGCCCCCAGCCCAGCCCAGCCCAGCCCAUUCUCCUCCUCUUCUCUUCUCGCAGUCUGAAAACAGAUGGUGAUAAACCAUAAACCCUAAAUCAUCCCGGCAUCUUCCCCCGCUCUUCUUAGUUUGUUUAGCGCUCUCCGUUCAAAUUCCCGAUUGCAGUAGUCCUCUAUUUCUAUGGCAGAUUCUAAGGAGAGCAAGGCCGAGCACCAGCUAGAGGAAGAAGAAGAUGAAGAACAGAGCUUCGAACAGCUUGGGUUGGACCCUCGCCUCAUCCGUGCCCUGCUGAAAAAAGGCAUUGACAAGCCCACACCAAUCCAGCGCGCUGCCAUCCCUUUAAUCCUUGAAGGCAAGGACGUGGUUGCUCGGGCAAAGACUGGUUCAGGGAAGACCCUUGCAUACCUUCUUCCUUUGCUUCAGAAGCUGUUUUCUGAUUCUGAUUCCAAGAGCAAGCUUGUCCCGAGGGCGUUCGUUCUUGUCCCGACACGAGAACUCUGUCAGCAGGUUUAUUCAGAGGUCUCAUCUCUUAUUGAAUUAUGCAGAGUUCAAUUGAAAAUUGCGCAGUUGACAAGUAGCAUGACUGCUUCUGAAUUGGGAGCUGCUUUGGCUGGGCCACCUGAUAUUCUAGUCGCCACACCUGCUUGUAUACAAAAAUGCUUGUCUGCCAGUGUACUUCAAACAACAGCCAUCAAUGAUUCUCUUUCAAUCCUUGUUCUGGAUGAGGCAGAUCUUCUUUUGUCAUAUGGCUACGAAGAUGAUCUAAAAUCUCUUACGGCUUAUGUCCCCAGGCGCUGCCAAUGCCUUCUAAUGUCUGCAACUUCGAGCACUGAUGUCGAGAAGCUGAAGAAGCUGAUUUUACACAAUCCCUUCAUUCUGACACUGCCCGAGGCAGGAGAAAUUAAGGAUGAGAUUAUUCCUAAAAAUGUUCAGCAAUUUUGGGUUUCAUGCAGUCCUCGUGAUAAGUUGCUUCACAUCCUCGCGCUCUUGAUGUUUGAUUUGGUUCAGAAAAGAGUGCUGAUAUUUACUAAUACAAUUGACAUGAGUUUUAGGUUGAGAUUGUUUCUAGAAAAGUUCGGAUUCAAGUCUGCUGUAUUAAAUGCUGAGUUGCCACAGAAUUCACGUCUUCAUAUCCUUGAGGAAUUCAAUGCUGGGCUUUUUGAUUAUUUGAUUGCAACUGAUGACAGCCAAACGAAAGAAAAGCAUCAAGCUGAUGAGAAAGGUCACGUGGCACCAAAGAAAUCUAGAAAGCAGGGCAAGAAAAAAUUGGAUUCUGAAUUUGGAGUGGUGAGGGGAAUUGAUUUUAAAAAUGUGCACACGGUUAUUAACUUUGAGAUGCCUCAAAAUGCUGCUGGGUAUGUGCAUCGAAUUGGGCGUACUGGAAGAGCGUAUAACACUGGUGCAUCUGUUUCUCUUGUUUCUCCGAAUGAGAUGCCAAUAUUUGAAGAAAUUAAAUCCAUUCUGGGUGACAAUGAAGGUGGGGACUCGGGCUUUAUAGCUCCUUUUCCAUUAUUAACAAAGAAUGCAGUGGAGUCUUUAAGAUAUAGAGCUGAGGAUACUGCCAAGAGUGUGACUAAAAUUGCUGUAAGAGAAUCACGUGCAGAAGAUCUAAGGAAUGAAAUUCUCAACUCUGAAAAGUUGAAGGCUCAUUUUGAAGUUAAUCCGAGAGACUUAGAUUUAUUGAAGCAUGACAAGGUUUUGAGCAAAAAGCCCCCUCCUCCUCACUUGCGUAAUGUACCUGAGUACCUUUUGGACCCAACAACACAGGAAGCCAGCAAGAUUGUUAAGCUAGCUAGAGCCGCCAUGGGAAAUAUGAACAAUGCUCGUCGCCAAGGGUCCAGGAGAAAAUUCAAAAAAAGUAGAGACCCUCUCAAAACCUUCUCAGCUGAGGCUCCAAAGGGAGGUCCCAAAGGUGGGAAGAAGAGGAAGAAGGGAGAAGACAGGGAUUGACCGCUGUUAACAGAAGCACAGACAUUCUGCCUGAUCUACGUCUCCUGUAAAUCCGAACACCUGCAGUUUUUGCUUCAAAGCUGGGUGAUAUAUAUAUAUAUAUAUAUAUAUAUAUAUAUAUAUAUAUAUAUAUAUUCCCUUUCAAAUGGCGGUGAAUCCAGAUUUACAUCGACCACAAAAUCUUCGCACUGAUGCCCUUGGGCUACAUUGGAGGGUGUACUUGUCAGGGGGCCAAUUGUCCAACAUCAUGCCAGCAGAUUUGUGAGGCCUCUUCUGUGGACACCAGUGUUUUCAGUUCGCAUUUUAGUGCAUCUUCAGUGACCUGUUCUUAUAUCAUCAAUUCAUUGUGUCAAAUGUAUCAGGGUGUUUUUUUUUUUUUUCUCCAUAGCAAAGGUAUUGUUUGAGAGAAAUUUUUGCUGUGUAUUGAGAGGCGAGGGAGAGCUAGGAUUGAAGCAAUGGCAAGCAACAGUAGCUAUUCAGAUGUCUUUGUAUUAUUUUUCACUCCUUUUUAAGGCUAUUUCCUUCUGAGAAUAUUUAUUGUCCAUAGAGGCUGACACUUGGCUAUAUAUCAGGAGGUAAGUUAUCUUC